AAGAGAAAAAUCUUCUUUAGUAGCUUUUCUAAGUCUAGCUUCUACAACACUUCCGGCCUAAUGGAGAUUGAAAAUCCGGUCAGUGAUGAUUUCGACGUAAAAUUCACCGGAAAAAGUAUUGUUAAGGCUUCAGAUGUUCCCUCACAACCAAAGGUCAUCUCCCUUUCAAAUCUUGAUCUUCUUUCCGGCCGCUUUCCGGUCACAUACUUCUAUGUCUACCCCAAAGCACCACCAUUCAAGAGCUUCACUACCAUUGUUAAAGAACUUAAGAGUUCUCUUACAGGUACCCUCAAACACUAUUACCCAUUUGCUGGUCGAAUUGUUACAAAUCCAAAGACAUGUGAGCCAGAGAUAGUAUGUGACAACCAUGGUGCUCUACUUGUAGAAGCCUAUGCAAAUAUUUCCUUAGAAGAAUUAAACUUCUACAAUCUAAACAAGUCUCUACAAGGUAAACUAGUCUCUACAAAAUCUGAAUUUCCAUUUCAUGUUCAAGUAACGAAUUAUGCCUGUGGUGGUAUCUCCAUUACAUUCACCUUUGAUCACGCAUUAGGGGACGCGAGCGCCUUCGGUAAAUUUCUUGUUUCAUGGUCGGAAAUAGCUCAAGGGAAGUCGAUUUCGUGUUUACCGGAUCAUCGAAGAUAUCUCCGGCCGCGCAUUCCUCCUACUUAUGACCCUUCAUUAGACCAUAGAUUCGUUUCAUGCAAGUUGGAGGAGAUAAUCAAUAUGCCAGCAAAUGAUAUCUUGCUCAAACGGCUCUAUCACAUUGAUGCAACAAGUAUAGAUUAUUUGCAGAAGUUAUCAUCAAUGGAAGGUGUGAAGAGAACAAAAAUUGAGGCUUUCUCUGCAUAUGUUUGGAAGAUUAUGGUGAGGAGCAUUGAUGAAUCGAACACUCAUUGUAAGAUGGGGUGGUUAGUGGAUGGACGUAAAAGAAUGUGUGAAGAUACCAAUUCCAUGUCUAAUUAUAUUGGAAAUGUAUUGUCUGUGGCUGUUGGAAGGGCAAGUGUGGUGGAUUUGAAGGAAUUGCCACUUUCAAGUGUGGCAACUAUUGUUCAUGAAUCAAUUGGAAAGGUAACUAAUGAAGCUCAUUUCUUGGAUUUGAUUGAUUGGAUUGAGUGUCACAGGCCAGGUUUGAUGUUAGCCAAGAUUGUGUUAGGCAGGGGAGGACCUGCACUUGUUGUGUCGUCCGGUCGGCGGUUUCCGGUGGCGGAAUUGGACUUUGGGUUUGGGUCUCCGGUGCUGGGUACAGUAUGUUCAACAAUAUCAAGGAUAGGUGUUGGGUAUAUGAACCAGAGGCCGAGUGCAAAGGGGGAUGGCUCAUGGGUAGUGUCUGCUAUCUUAUGGCCGGCAUUGGUCACUGCUUUGGAAUCAGAUCCUCAUCACAUCUUCAAGCCAAUGUCCAAAACUCUACUUGGUUUUUGAGUGAUCUUCUUAUCUUUCUACCCA